GAAUGUCAAUACAAGACAGCGCAUAUUUCAAGUUCUGAUCCAUUGACGACUAUGGCAAACAACGCAUCUCAAGACGGGGCAGAUGUUGAGAUGAGCGACGCACAAGCCCCACCGCUCAUGACGGAGGAUGAAAAGCGGAUAUUGGAAGUCUACGACAGACUUGAAGAACUGCAACUGGAGAUCGCUCUACUGAAGGCACAGGGGGUAUUAUCAUCAGAUGAACUAUCAGAUCCUUCUGAAGAAGACAUCUCGGCUGCUGCACAGGAGCUGUUGAAAGCCAAAUCCCUCUACUUGCUACGGGGUAAUGUCAUUGAGAAUGUCUUGAUCACAAAUCCCAUCCUCAGGGCUGUCCACGGAAGCAGUAAUUCCACAGCUGUCGAACAAGACCUGCUUCCUCUGGUUGAGAAACGUGACCAGCUGUCCAUCACACUCACCAAGCUAGCAACCCAGGAACGGUCCGUCAGAGAUCGAUUGACAGAGAUUGAAGUAGAGAAUGUUGGCCUGGCUCGCAAGAAUGCAGAAUUAGCAGCGAGAAUGCUUGCACUAGCUGAUGAAGCAAACGCACAGCGAAAGGAAGACAUUGAGGAUGUCAAGUUACGGAGUCAGUUUGAUGAGCUGGAAAGUGAGAUCAAACUCAGUCGGCAGAAAUGGAGGAUCAUGAAGGGAACGGCCAGCGCGACGAUUGCGGGGAGUGGAGUUGAUUGGACAAGAGAUCCGAAACUGAGGGACAUUGUGCUGGAUAAUGAUGGAUACGAAUGAUCAUGCAGCAUGUAUGCUUUGCAAGUUGAGCUGGCCCGAAGAAAUUGGAAAGCCAUCCACCCCUCAACUGUCAAAGGACACGUGGACAUGAUGCAUCAAUGAAGCGACGGGAAGCCGUCAGCUCGCUCUGUGGUUCCCAGGAUUGGAAAAUGGCUUAAUCGUAGGGCAUGACACUCAAGCCUGUCCACUGUUGCUUUCCUUGUGUAUGCCUUCCCGAUGAGCAACCUGCAGUCUUGCCUGCGCCUUCAGACACUCUGCCAUUGUCCAACCACAGAGUGUCAUUUGAUACUGCAUCACUUAGCAGCAAUGACCGCCGCUCGUUCCAAUCACCGUGCUCGCAGCAGAGGCUUUUCCUGCCAACCACACCCACCAUAUCGUGACGACAUCAGAAGACCAUUGACUGAUUAUCGCGGUGCCUCAUCUUCUUUUGCAGCUACCUUCAAGCCUUCUACAGAUCGAUUUACAGCUCCACACAAUCGGCUUGUGUUCCAAGCCGAAACCAGCCCCCUACAGGUAAAUUCUUCAGUGUCGAGAAGACAAGGAAAUUGCUGGAGAAAAAGCCAAGUCAUGGAGAAGUACGUUUAUGGGAAAAGACCGCUCGCUGUUGUUUCAAAUCUGGCCAAGAGAUCCCAGAGUUCGUUGCAAAGGUCCGUAUGACUUUUGGGGAAACUCUUCAGGUCCUUCAGAGUAUUACGGAUUCAAGAAUUCUUAGGUAACAUAAAAAGCACGGCAGCCGUCGAAGACAGUCUGGCUUUGAAGCUCAAAUUUUAGAAAGUCAGUUUGAAAAAUUCAAUGACCGAACGAUUCAGUGGAGAGGGAAACGGGCUUGAAGCUGAACGUGGUGAUGAGCACAGUUGGCAAGAUGUAGAUGUGCUGGAUAUUGUUGAAGACCGCUCAUGGUAAUUAGGCACAGAAUCAGCAUACUCAAACAGUCCUUGCUGUCUAGACCUCUAGACUCUGUCCCAAGCCGCUGUCAGUGUAGUCAGAAUCCAGCAGUUUCUUAUCUGUCCAGCGAGGUCACGGUUGGCGACAGCUGAGGAUAAAGAGCUUUGAAAUCUUCGGAGUUCCCACGGUAAACGUGUAGCUCUAUAAUCAAAAUGUAUUGGUCCAUUGUGGCGACCAUUCGCUUUUUAUGGAGCCGUGCCGUCCCUGCUAUCUGAACUUUAUACGCCAUAGUAAGGUGGCUAGCAUUCCGCGUCUUUGGGCCAGCAAGCCUUUCCACCGCCAUCCGUCCCCUACAGCGAGACCUCAUGGUGCCUCGCGGCGGCCAUCGCAAUGGGUCUCAGCGCAACACCCCCAGUUAUUUACAGGUCCGAUAUUGGCGACCAAUGAGAUAAGUUUCCAGUCCGAAGAUCCCUUAUGAGGUACAGGACACGUGCAACCUUGGUCACCUCCAUAUCAUUGCAUUAAAUUAGGCUCCAAGCAGUGUGUCUCCACGUCAGAUCGAUAAGUGCUAGAUAACCGCUGAAACUUUAAUUUAAAUACGGACUGGGC